AAGUGCUGAGGAGUAAGUUUAUUGGAAAGUGGAGUUUAUCCUCCCUUUCUUCCGCCUCCCUCUGUGAGCUGAGAGUCUGGGGCUGCGUGCGCGCUUAUCAACAUGCAAAUCCCAUGCCAAUGAGGCGUGCCUGGCAGCGGCUGCCACACUCAUCUGGGUUGGGGGGAAGAGCCCGGCAGGGCCCGGAAGUAAGGGACACCCCAGCGCUGUGAGGGCUGCCAUAGGAGCCCAAAGCACGACACUUGCCAGCUAUUGGUGGAAGCAGCUUGUUCGCUUGAGCCGCUGUCCAGCAAGGCCCGGGGUUAUAGCGACAGCAUGGAACCGCCAGCCGGUGGAGGCGGAUAUGGAGGGGGACCCCCGCCACCUUCCAAGGGCAACAAGGAGAAGAAGAAGCCGAAGGGCCAAGAUGAAGGUGGAGAUGGCAAGUCCAAGAAAUUUCUUGAACGAUUUACCAGUAUACGGAUGAAGAAAGAAAAGGAAAAGCCUUAUCCAUCACACAGAAACUCCACCAACUUCCCAGAUAACUCAAACCCCCUCCAAACCUUGCAGGAACUCGAAGAUGAUGUUGUGCUUCAGCUGUUUGAAAAAAUGCUGGAUGAUAUGAACCUCAAUCCUGAGAAGCAGCAACCGCUACGAGAAAAGGAUAUAAUGAUAAAAAGAGAGAUGGUUUCCCAAUAUCUUCACACAUCCAAAGCUGGCAUGAGCAAAAAGGAGAGUUCUCGUUCUGCAUUAAUGUACAUUCAAGACUUAAAAUCCGGACUAGGAGACAAUUCCCUCCUUUUGUGCUUAGAGUCACUAAGAGUAUCUUUAAAUAACAAUCCUGUCAGCUGGGUGCAGAAUUUUGGUGCAGAGGGUCUUUCGUGCCUUUUAGAAAUUCUCAAAAGAAUACAGGAUGAGCAAGCAUCCUUGCGGGAUGUUAGAAGCGAGCAUGAGAUCAUCAGAUGUCUGAAAGCUUUUAUGAAUAACAAUUUUGGAAUUAAGGCAAUGCUGGGCACAGAAGAUGGCAUUUUGCUGUUAGCGAGAGCAGUAGAUCGAUCUGUCCCUGCAAUGAUGAUUGAUUCCUUGAAGCUGCUUUCUGCCCUGUGCAUCCUGCCACAACCAGAGGACAUGCAUGAGCGUGUUCUAGAAGCCCUUACGGAGAGAGCAGAGAUGGAGGAAAUGGAACGAUUUAAACCUCUUCUGGAUGGGUUAAACAUUGCAAGUCCUGUGGCCUUGAAGGUGAGCUGUAUGCAGCUAAUCAAUGCAGUGAUCAGCCAAGGAGAAGAGCUUGAUUACAGAGUUCACAUCCGAAGUGAAUUGAUGCGCUCGGGACUGGCCAAACUCCUAAAGGAACUACGUAAUACAGAAAAUGAAGACCUGAAGGUACAACUUGGUAUUUUUGAUGAGCAUUCUGAACUUGAUUCUGAUGACUUGCGAGGACGUUUGGACGACAUCCGCAUUGAAAUGGAUGACUUCAGUGACGUCUUCCAAGUUCUUCUGAACACUGUCAAGGACUCCUCUGCAGAACCAUUAUUUCUUUCCAUCCUGCAGCAUCUUCUUCUAAUUAGAAAUGAUUAUGAUGCCAGGCCGCAGUACUAUAAACUGAUAGAUGAAGUUAUAUCACAGAUAAUCCUUCAAAAAAAUGGGGCUGAUCCAGAUUUCAAAUGCAAGCAUGUAAACAUAGAAAUCGAAAAUCUGAUAGAUCAUUUUAUCGACAAAAAGAAAGUAGAAACAAGCGAGUCAAAAGCACGGGAUCUGGUGAAAAAGUUGGACCUAGAGCUUACCGCACGCCACGAACUCCAGGUGGAAAUGAAAGCCAAAGAGAGCGACUUUGAGCUGAAAAUAACAGAGCUGCAGGGGGAGAAGGAAUCUUUAGAUGCAGAGAAGCAAGAAAUCACUGCUGACAAGCAAAAAAUGGAGACAGAACUCUCCCAACUUGUAGAGCAGGUUGAAAAAUUGUCAAAGGAACUUGAAGCUACCAAAAAAGAAAUGGCAUCAAUUUCCACAUCUGCUGUUUUAAUCCCUGUACCUUCUGCCUCUGGAAAUGUGCCACCUCCACCACCCCCUCCUCCUCCACUUCCAGGUGCAACUGGUAUUCCUCCACCUCCCCCACUUCCAGGUGGCUCUGGUAUUCCUCCACCACCCCCACUUCCAGGUGGCUCUGGUAUUGCUCCACCACUUCCGGCUGGCUUUGGUAUUCCUCCACCUCCCCCACUUCCGGGUGGCUUUGGUAUUCCUCCACCUCCACCACUUCCCGGUGGCUCUGGUAUUCCUCCACCUCCCCCACUUCCGGGUGGCUCUGGUAUUCCUCCACCUCCCCCACUUCCGGGUGGCUCUGGUAUUCCUCCACCUCCCCCACUUCCGGGUGGCUCUGGUAUUCCUCCCCCACCACCAUUUCCGGGUGGCCCUGGAAUUCCUCCCCCACCGCCAUUUCCAGGAGGCUUUGGAAUUCCUCCUCCUCCUCCUCCAUUUCCAGGUGGCCCUGGAAUUCCUCCUCCUCCUCCAUUCCCUGGUGGCCCUGGGGUUCCACCUCCACCUCCAGCAUUUGGAGGUGGUGUUCCUCCACCACCAGGACUUGGAGGCUGGGGGGCACCACCACCCUUACCAUUUGGCUUGGCUCCUAAGAAGAAUUAUAAGCCAGAAGUGCAACUGAAGCGACCCAACUGGUCAAAGAUCACUCCUGCUGAGCUUUCAGAGAAAUCGUUUUGGACUCAGACAAAAGAAGAUCGUUUUGAAAAAGAAGAGCUGUUUGCAAAAAUAACCCUCACUUUUUCUUCACAGAUCAAGUCUUCUAAAGCAAAAAAAGCAGAAGAUGGUGAUGACAAAAAAGCAGCCCAGAAGAAAAAGACAAAGGAGCUCAAAGUCUUGGAUUCCAAGACAGCCCAAAACCUAUCAAUCUUCCUUGGGUCGUUCCGCAUGCCAUACGAAGAGAUCAAAAAUGUGAUCCUACAGGUCAAUGAGGAAGUGCUGACUGAAUCUAUGGUUUCAAAUCUGAUCAAGCAGUUACCAGAACCAGAUCAGUUACAGAUGUUAACAGAGUUCAAGAAUGAGUACAAGGAUUUGGCAGAACCAGAGCAGUUUGGAGUAGUGAUGUGCAGUGUCCCCCGUUUGCGGCCACGACUAAAUGCCAUUCUCUUUAAACUUCUUUUUAAUGAGCAAAUUGAAAAUAUCAAGCCAGACAUUGUGUCAGUUACAGCUGCUUGCGAAGAAGUGCAAAAGUGCCAAAGCUUUGCUAGUCUCCUGGAAAUCACACUGCUGGUUGGGAACUUCAUGAACGCAGGAUCAAGGAACGCUGAUGCUUAUGGCUUUGACAUUAGCUUUCUCUGCAAGUUGAAAGAUACCAAAUCAGCGGACCAGAAGACCACACUGCUGCAUUUCCUUGUUGAGACUUGUGAGAAUGACUACCCUGAUGUACUGAAGUUUCCAGAUGAGAUGGUUCAUGUAGAAAAGGCCAGUAGAGUGUCAGCUGAAACAUUGCAAAAGAACCUGGAUCAAAUGAAAAAGCAGAUUGCAGACCUUCAAAGGGACAUUGAUAGCUUCCCACCAACAGAAGAUGAGAAGGAUAAGUUUGUAGAAAAAAUGACAAUAUUUGUCAAAGAAGCUCAAGAACAGUAUACUAAGCUUUGCAUGAUGCACGAAAACAUGCUGUCAUUGUUCCAAGAUUUGGGGAAAUACUUUGUGUUUGACCCCAAGAAAACAUCCAUUGAAGAGUUCUUCGCAGACCUGCAGAAUUUCCGGAACAUGUUCUUGCACGCUCUGAAAGAGAACCAGAAGAGACGGGAAGCAGAAGAAAAGAUGAAAAGAGCCAAACUUGCCAAAGAGAAGGCAGAGAAGGAACGGUUAGAGAAGCAGCAGAAGAAAGAACAACUGAUUGAUAUGAAUGCAGAGGGUGACGAAACUGGCGUAAUGGACAGCCUGCUUGAAGCUUUGAAUUCGGGAGCUGCAUUCAGAAGGAAAAGGGGUCCUCGGCAAGCGAACAGAAAGGCCGGCUGUGCCGUUACCUCACUGCUAGCAUCUGAGCUCACUAAAGAAGAUGCAAUGACCUCAGUGCCCACUAAGAAGAAAAAACCCGCUGAGACGGAUUUGAUGGAAACAGAUGUAGGACUGCACGAAGAUGCCCAGGAUAUGCUUACGCGAGCAAGUUAACGGGAGGGGCGGGGGCAGCUCAGAACAAUGUUUAAGCUUCAAUGUAUAGGAAACCUUUGUGGAACUUUGCAGAACUCAGAAUUUGAUCAACACUGAAUCACUUUGGACUGUCUUUGUCAAAGGACAUGAGCAUGGAUGGGAUGUCCGUUCCAUUACUAGUUAAUUUAUAUGCAGUGGUGGGGAUCAUCUGCGGUAUUCCUUUUUCUUUGUAUGCUUAGUCUCAAAAGAGUAAAUGGGACAGGAGCUUGUAACUUCAGCUUGCUAUGUAUUACAGACCCAAGAGGAUAUGGGAAAUGGGCUGCACUUCUCUAUGGCCAAGUGUGCCAGUGAAGGAAAUCCCAGGCUAGUAGGUUGGAGGGUGGUUGUUAAGCCCCCUAAAGGCACCUGUGCACAAGGUGAAUAUAGCAUCAUUAACCAAAGUCCAAGAUAGGAUAUACUGCCUUAAAUACAGUUUCUUUGUAAUGGCUUCUCACAUACAGAGGACAUUCAUAUCAGUGUAAAGUCAGUGUCCAUUUUACUUGAUAGCACCAUGGAUUGUUCAAGCUUUUUGUAUUAUGUUUUCCCUGCUUCCAUAACAUCUAUAGGUCAAAGGAACAAACCUUAAUUGCUAUGUUCUAAGCUCUUCUUCAUUUGUUCACACUGGAUCCUUCUAUUGGUUGAUAGAAGGAUACUGUCACGCCUCAAGACUGCAACCUGACUGCAGCCAUAUUUGUUUCUGUGUUCUGUUGCAGCAGUCUGUUUGCUUUGUAUGAUAUAGGAUUAUACCUCCAGCAUAUCCAAGUAUUACCUCUGAUAUGUAAUGGUGAACUUGUUUUUAUACAAGUGUGGUUGCCAUGAACAUUGGGCUUAGAAGUAUUGACACAAUAACGUUUUAAUUAUGACUAGGUUCAUAAUUUAUACCUGUUCCAUGGGUUCAUCUCUGUAUAUCAUAGCAAAGAAGUGAGGGCACUGUAUUGCAUGAGACAGACAUUCCCUUUGCACAGCUACUGUUUUGUAUCAGGGUUUUUAUUCUGUUAGGAUUCUUAUUGUUGCUGAGCAAUCUCUUUGGAAUUAUACCUAUUUUUGUAUUUUAUUUUAAUGAAUGUAAAAUUAGAAUCUCUCUUAUGUGAGGCAGUAACCAGAGUAGGCUACACAUUCAUAUCAGUUUUACCUUAGCAACAUAUUGUAUGUCAGAUGGUGCAGUGAUAUAAACGCUGGCAAACAGGUCUGGCUUCAGUGAAAGCUGGAGAGCCACAGUUGGCCAUUAUUGCUAUAUUGUAUGGGCAAAAAGGAAGAAAGGGAACAAAAAUAGACCAAAAUCGGUAUUUAUAUAUUGUCUUGGUCUAUAGUGUUGUGGUCCCUAGUGUCAUUGUUAUAGCCACUGGGAAAUAAGCUUAUGGCCAAUCCUGACAGUUGAACAUAUGAACAUGGAAAGCCAAACACCAUGUCUGUAAAACAUGGACCACAUUGUUACAACUAAGUGAAUCCCAAAAUACCCAUCAUUAAGGGCAGUGCCACACACGGCAGAUCCUCAGCCCACAGAUAAAUGUAGGCUGAUAAUCCACCCCUAUGCUCCUAACAGCUUCAUGUGCCUGCACCUGGAGUCAUUGCAUCAGCCCCGGUGCCGACACAUGAAGCGGAUUUGAACGCCAAAAUGCAUGUGCGAGUUUGGCACUAGCCUUAGGCGGCCACAUCUGCAGGAGCCUGUAGCGAAGAGUUACUGAAUAGCACUAAUUUCAGUAUUUGGGUAAAUUAUGGGCUGUUUUUGCUGCAGCCGAUUCCUUAUACGAACUGGUUCCAAAUUCACACUGCCAAGGAAGUUUUCUGCUUUGAACGAUGGACAGAAAAGCUUUGCUCAGAUACAUAAGGAUUGUUUUGCAUUGUGUUGUGUUUAAUAAGAAAAUUAAGAUUAAUUUCAGUAUUUGGUCACCUCUUCUAUGGAGGGUUCUGUACGUAGCUGUAUCCAUGCAUUAAUUACAUUAGUUGGUCCCUUUAAGGUUUUAAUCAUCACAGUGAGAGCAUCCCAGGGCUGUACAACCCAGCCCCUAAUGUACCAUUGGCUACAGCCUGAUGCCCCCAUGUACGUGUAGCUUGGUGUAUUUUCACUCUUCUGAAAAACUGAUCACCAACUGUAACUGUAGUCAAACACUGCAAGGGCGACAUUUUCUUUUAUGAUUAUGCAGAUGUAUUUCUCAAAUGCUGGAAUGUAUUAAAACUGGUAUUUUGUUUUAUACACUAUACAUUAUAUAGGUUCAGAGUUAUAUGUUUAUUGUAUUUUAGAAAAAAAAUAGGCUUGAAUUAAACUGGAGUAAUUAUUAUGGCUUAUUGUUGCCCAUCUUGGAAUGAUUGCCCAACUUGUACUGUAUCAGUACCAGGUUAAAUAUCAGGAGAAAGCUGGGCUCUGUGCUGAUUGGUACAUAUAAGCAUCCUUGAUGGAAUGGUAUGAAGAAAGAAAGAAAAAAAAGCCGAUAAUAUAUGUAUUUUAUUAUUUAGCACCCACUCUUAUUGCGCAUUCACACUUACUGUGCCGGUAUAACUGUACUGAGAUUCCCGUCUGGGUUAUCUUCAUUUAUUGCUCAUAGGGUUUACAUUUGCGGCAACUGGAAAAGGACAUAUUCCUGCUUUCAUAUAGUGAAAUAAAAGACAUAUCGAUCCAUGUUUGGGGGCUUUCUAAAAGUCCUUGAUCAUGACUAUAAUGUUUGAAAAGCCUGUGGCACUGAACUUUGUAUUGAAUGUACCUCUUUUUGGGGCAAAUAAGAUCUCCAGUGAGUCUAAAACUCUGGUGAGCCAGCUGAUUGGCUACUUGAUCACCAGCAUGGAAUCACUGAAGUUAAGCGCUGUGCAGGGGUUUUUAGCUUCGGCCACAUAACUACUACCUUCAAGCACUUUCUUUGUCAAGAAACGUGUCUGACGCAGCACUUUUCAGAUUGGGUGCUUACGUUUGCCUAAAAGGCUUUUCAGACUGCUGCUUUUGCUGUUAAUUGACUCAAAAUACAAUCUGCCAAAAUCCAUUUUCAUUAGUCUGGCGUACUGCAGUUGUGUAUCUUGCACAGCCUUUGUAAUCAUUAAUAAAUCUGUAUGGAAGUUUUUUCAUAGA